UGUCAAGGGUGUUUGCUGUCCGGUGUCGUAUUUUGCUUUGGGCAUACAUAUCGAAUUAUUAAAAAUAAAUAAAUAACAGUGAGUUUAUAGCUAUUUACAUUAUAUCAUACAUUUAAUUGCAUUAAGUUAUCAGGGUCGCAUCAUGCGGCUUUGGGCUCCACUCUUAAAAAAAAUAAUUAAUAUAGAGCAAAGAUUCUACAGUAAAAUGACUGCUAAAAGAAUCGCCGUCUGCCAAAUGACAUCUGUUGCUGAUAAAUCAAAGAAUUUAGAAGUUGUUACCCAACUAGUCAGUGAUGCUGCAAAAGAUAAUGCACAGAUGAUAUUCUUCCCAGAAGCAUGUGAUUUUAUUUGUGACAAUAAAAAGGAUACCCUAGCUUCUGCAGAACCAAUUCUAACUGGCAAUACUGUCAAGCAGUAUAGAGAUUUGGCAGCAAAACAUAAUGUCUGGUUGUCUAUGGGUGGUGUACAUGAAAAGGAUGAAUCAAACCCAAAUAAAAUGUUCAACACGCACAUAAUAAUAAAUAACAAUGGUGAAAUAGUUCAAACAUAUAGGAAAUUGCAUUUAUUUGACGUAGAGAUACCGGAGAAGAAUAUACGCCUUAAAGAGAGUGAUUUUUGCACGCCAGGCAAACAUAUUGUGACCCCUGUUGACAGCCCUGUAGGAAAAAUAGGUCUAGCAAUAUGUUACGACAUGCGAUUUCCGGAACUAAGCACAACAUUGGGUACAUUCAAUGCGGAUAUAUUAACUUACCCAUCUGCAUUUACUUAUGCUACGGGAGAAGCGCAUUGGCAUGUGCUUUUGAGAGCGCGCGCAAUAGAAAAUCAGUGUUAUGUAAUAGCCGCCGCGCAGACCGGGCAACACAACACAAAGCGUCGUUCCUACGGGCAUGCACUAUGUAUCAGCCCCUGGGGCGAAGUCCUAGCGGAUUGUGGGGAAUCCGCCCCGCGGUAUGCGCUAGCGGAGUUGGGCGCAGGGCUCUCAGUGCGGAGGGACAUGCCCGUGUGGAGGCAUCGACGCCCAGACGUAUAUUCACUCUACGCGUUAAGCCUCCGUAAGGACCUCUUAGCAGAACACACAGACAAAAUUACACCCACAGAGAAUCGAACCCCCGAACCCAAUAACGAAGAACCAAUGAAUGUAUUUGGUCAUGUCAAAGUACCAGAGAGCUGUGUGUUUUAUAAAUCUAAGUUGACGUAUGCUUUUGUAAACUUGAGGUGUGUAAUUCCGGGUCACGUGCUUAUAGCACCGAUACGACUGGCCGAGAGAAAUAAAGAUUUGACAGAUGAAGAGGCAGAAGAUUUCUUUAAAACCAUUCGGUUUAUACAAAAGUUAAUGGAAAAAGUACACAAAACAGAAUCAUGUACAGUCACAAUACAAGACGGGCCAGAUGCAGGACAGACUGUUAGACAUUUACAUUGUCACAUUUUACCAAGAAGAAAAGGGGAUUUCAUAGAGAACGAUCACAUUUAUUUGGAACUUGCAAAACAUGAUCAUUUCACACCCAAAUAUCCAGGAAAGCCAGCUAGAAGUUUAGAAGAAAUGCGAACAGAAGCAAACAUGUUGAGAGAAGAGAUAAAGAAGAUGGCGGAUGAAGAGAGAUAGAAAGAGAUAGAUAGAUGUUUAUGUAAAAAUUGUAUAAU